AUGGCCAAGUGCACGCUGCUGCUACUGGCAGUGUGGGUGCUGGCUGGGGAGCUGGGGCUGGGGGCCGAGGCCCGGGCAGCACCCUAUGGAGUGAAGCUUUGUGGCCGUGAAUUCAUCCGAGCAGUCGUCUUCACCUGCGGGGGCUCCCGGUGGAGACGGUCGGACAUCCUGGUCCAGGAAUCUAUGGGGGAUGGCUUCCCAGAUGCAGACACUGAUGUGGACAACCUGGCAGAUGAGCUGGAUGAGGCUGUGGGCUCCAGCGAGUGGCUGGCCCUGACCAAGUCCCCCCAGGGCUUUUACAGGGGCCGACCCAGAUGGCAGGGAACCUCUGGAGCUCUUCGGGGAAGCCGAGAUGUCUUGGCUGGACUUUCCAGCAACUGCUGCAAGUGGGGGUGCAGCAAAAGUGAAAUCAGCAGCCUCUGCUAG